AUGCGUCCCUCAGGUCUCCUGGUCUCGCUUUCGCUGGUGCCUCUGGCUCUAGCCAGAGCUUUUCCUCCCGCAAGGUUGGAAAGUCGCAAGGAGGACUCUUGUUCGUCGGUCCAGCCGUCUGCGAGUGCUCCUCACAAGAACUUCUGGGGUUCUCUGACCAAGAAAGAGACUGCUGAUGUUCUCGCAUUUUUGCAUCGCGAUACAACAGGUUUCAAUCUGACCGUUGCAGAGAAUGCUACUAGCAUGUCCGUUGAGCUCAUGAUGCCCAACAAGAGUGAUACUCUCCCAUUCUUGUCAGACAAAGCGGGUAGCCCAACACGAUACGCCCUAGCUGCGGUCAUGUUUGGCGUACCUGAAAAGGCUUAUCUCCAGGAAUUCAAAGUUGGUCCGUUGCCCAUCACUAAUGCAUCAAGUGUUACACCUUUUACUUUUGCAAAUACGAAGAAGGGCGACGGUAAGAUCGCAGUCGUCAACCCUGACGCAGAGGAUUAUGGCAACUUCAACCUCAAGAUUAUGAAGGAGGCAGAGGAUGUGACCAAGCUUCUCUGGAAUUUGACGGUCGAUGAUGGACUCCAAAUCCCGUUAGCCUUUGCAGCCCCUAUCAAUGUCACCGAUGGAAAGGUCAUCAUGUGGCAAGGCUUCAACGCGCCAGUUACCAGCAUCUACGACACAAUCUCACUGCUUCCACUGGGUCUGUAUUUGCGAACAGACAUCACCGGCCGCGAUCCUAGUCAAUGGAAAGUCACUGGUUGGGUAUACGGUAAUGAAUUCUACAAGGAUCUCGAUGGUUUGCGUGCAGCUGUCGCCAAGCCCGAUUUCAAACCCCUGGGAAUGAACUUGGACCAGCCUUGGGCCCACACAAACAAACACGGCGAUGAUCUGCCCCUGGACGAUGAAGCUCCACCAGCCAAUGUUCAAUCCGGAAAGUCGAGAUUUGCUGUUGAUGAAGAUGAGAGCUAUGUGACUUGGAUGGACUUUUCUUUCUACACUAGCAUUACUCGAGACAAUGGACUACGACUGUAUGAUGUUAAGUACAAGGGCAAGAGGAUUCUCUACGAGCUUGGGCUGGACGAGGCGAUUGCACAUUAUGCCGGUAUCGAUCCUGUACAAUCCGGAAUUUGUUAUUUCGACAGCAUGUCUGGAUUCGGACCCGCAAUGAUCUCUCUCGUGAAAGGUUACGACUGCCCCGCCUACUCGCACUACAGCAAUGUCACUCAGACUACAGGUGAAACGACGUUCACUCAGAAGGACGCUCUUUGCAUGUUUGAGAUCGACAAGGGCUUCCCCAUCCAACGACACUCUUGGGCCGGCCACACCACCGUGACAAAGAACAUUGCCUUCAACAUCCGUGCCAUCUACACAAUCGGAAACUACGACUACAUGAUGACCUACCAGUUUCACCUCGACGGUUCUAUCGAAAUCGAUGUCAGAGCAUCAGGCUACAUCUCGUCGGCCUUCUACGCUGAGAACGAAGACUACGGUUUCAAGAUCCACGACAGCCUUUCCGGAUCUCUUCAUGAUCAUGUCAUCACAUUCAAAGCCGACUUUGACAUCUUGGGCGAGAAGAACUCUUUGCAAAAGAUUGAUAUCAAGCCAUCAACUGAGAAAUACAAGUGGUCUGAUCAGACACGCAACACUAUGAAGGCAGUCAAGAGCUUCAUCGACAACGAAGAUGACGCCAAGAUCAACUGGUCUCCCAAUGGCGCAACAAUGUAUGCUGUGGUAAACAAAGACGAGAAGAACCCCUAUGGAGAAAGCCCCGGGUACAGGGUUGCACCAGCUUCUGGUGUGGCAUAUCUCACAGUCCAGGAUUCCUCGGUUAUGCAAAACGCCGGUCACCACACAACGCAUCAUCUCUACGCCACUCGACAAAAGGACAACGAGCUCUACGCUGUUGGAGCGUAUAAUUCGCUUACUCCCGAGGACCCUCAGGUUGACUUUAAUGAGUAUUUCAACAGCGAGUCGCUUGACCAAGAGGAUAUUGUUCUUUGGUUCAACCUGGGAAUGCACCACAUGCCUCACACAGGUGAUCUUCCCAACACCGUUUUCUCAACCGCCCACUCCGCUAUGCUCAUUGAGCCAUUCAACUAUCUUAUGGGUGAUCCUUCGCAGGCCAGCUCUCAGCAAGUCUUAAUCAAGACUAAGAAGGAUGGCAAGCCUGAGAUUGUUACUUAUGGCGCUAAGAAUGCGACAUGUGCGAUUGAUAUGGCACAACUGAACCCUGAUCUUUCGAACUAUUCUAACAGUAUUAGUGUUCUCAAGUACCCCUUCGAUGGGUCAAAGCCAGACCGUCUUUGA